GGGCUUUCCUUGUCUGUGACUGGAGACCAUCUAACAGAGAGAGGCGGAUGAUAACAGCAUCUCCUGCUGUUACUCAGCCUUUACAAAGCCCAAUGAACUGCUCGCAGAGAAGUCACUGAUCGCGUCUGCUGCAUUUUUGCAGGGGAUACUGAUCAGUGUCUUUAAAAAAAAAAAAAAAAAAAAACUGCAUUCCCUUUUUUUCCUUUUCCUAUGAGAUUAUUUUUUCACAGACUUCUUUUUUUUUAACAUUUUUUUUUCAAGGUCUCCCUUGCCUUGUCUCUCUCUUUUCUCCACCAUGGUGCUAGGAAAGGUAAAGAGCUUCACAAUAAGCUACGACUGUCUGAAUGACAGCAACGUCCCCGUGUUCUCCAGCGGGGACUGCGUCUCAGGGAGGGUGGUCGUCGAAGUCACGGGAGAAAUCCGAGUCAAAUCUCUCAAAAUACACGCCAAAGGAUUUGCGAAAGUUCGUUGGACUGAAUCAAGAAAUGCUGGUUCCAACACUGCCUACACGCAAAACUACACAGAAGAAGUGGAGUACCUAAACCAUAAAGAUAUUCUAAUUGGACACGAGAGAGACGAUGACAACUCUGAGGAAGGACUCACCACUAUCCAUUCAGGAAGACAUGAGUAUGCAUUCAGCCUCGAGCUUCCACAGACACCUCUGGCUACCUCUUUCGAAGGGAAGCAUGGCAGUGUGCGCUACUGGGUAAAGGCAGAGCUCCACAGGCCAUGGCUCCUGCCCAUGAAGACCAAGAAGGAAUUUACAGUCUUUGAGCACAUUGACAUCAACACUCCAUUAUUGCUGUCACCACAGGCCGGCACUAAAGACAAGACGCUUUGCUGUUGGUUCUGCACCUCAGGUCCUAUUUCCCUAAGUGCCAAAAUCGAAAGGAAGGGAUACACCCCAGGAGAGUCUAUCCAGAUCUUUGCCGAGAUUGAGAACUGCUCAUCCCGAAUGGUGGUGCCAAAGGCAGCCAUCUACCAGACUCAGACCUUCUAUGCCAAAGGAAAGAUGAAGGAGGUCAAGCAGCUGGUGGCCAACCUACGGGGAGAGUCCCUGUCGUCUGGCAAGACAGAAACUUGGAAUGGCAAGAUGCUGAAGAUCCCACCCGUGUCGCCCUCCAUCCUGGACUGCAGCAUCAUCAGAGUAGAGUACUCCCUCAUGGUAUAUGUUGACAUACCUGGGGCAAUAAACCUGUCCCUCAACCUACCCCUGGUCAUCGGAACCAUCCCUCUCCACCCGUUUGGCUCCCGCACCUCCAGCGUCAGCAGCCAGUGCAGCAUGAGCUGGCUGGGCAUGGGUCUGCCAGAGCGGCCUGAAGCUCCUCCAAGCUAUGCAGAAAUUGUGACAGAAGAGCAGAGGCAGAGCUGCAUGGAUGUCCCAGCAGUACGAGAGGAGCUGGAUGGACCUCUGUUUGCCUAUAUCCACGAGUUCCGCUUCCAGCCUCCCCCUCUGUACUCUGAGGUCGAUCCCAACCCAGAUCACACCAGCCGUACAGAGGAGCGCAGGUUUGACGCCUGUCCGUCACGCUGAGGGUGUCCCACAAUUCCCUUGACUGACUUGGGGAACCAAAAGGAAAUCUGCUUUCAAGGCUCAGCUUCAGUUUUUCUCAGAUAAAAGUGUUCACACAAAGCUUCAGGAGAAAAACAACGAACCGACAAAAGACUUGCCCGCAGUUCAGUUGGACUGGACAAAUCUGUUCCUGCCUUCCCUCAGCGAGAGAAACAGAAGCAGAGUUUGGGGUGUCACUUCCUUCCUGCAUCAGCCAGCUGAGGGUGGGAUAUGUACAGAUGAAUCAUGUACUCAGUCUGUAUGGAAAAUACCCCACUACUAGCGACAGCCCUGGUGAUAGUGUUGACGACCGAGAAUGACCACGGCUCCGCCUGCCAAGCUCCUCUCAUCCCUCGAUUCUUCUGCACUUGUGGCACAUGUGGACGUGGCUCCUGACCCAAAAGGCAGGGCUAAUCAUGUCCAGACUGCAGCAGAAUCACCUUAAAAAUGGGAUGAAGAGAGAAGUUAUGGUCGUAACUACCAUAGUCUGUGUGAGGGCUUUCAGAAGCAGUCAACAACAGAGCAAAGACUAGGUCCUUCUGCCUCAUUUUUGGACUUUCUUUUGCACAUUUUAUUCUUUACUUGACUUGUGUGGCUCUGUUUAACAGCUUUUUUUUAUAUUUAAUUUAAUUUUUAAAUCACUAAUUGUUUGGUUACAGCUUUCUAAAGCACCAGACAAAGAAUAUUAGACUGCAGGCCUAACCUUUGAGAGUAUCAUCUGCAUAACGGUGAGCAAUGUUGAGAAUGGGAUUUGAUCUUUGAAAAAACAAAUGACUGGACAGUACAAGAAAAAUGCACUGAUUUCUUUUUUUUUCUUUUCUUCCUUUCAAAGACUUUUCUUUUUCUCAUUGUGUGCUGACUAAUGACUAGCCCGGAGUUUGACUACAACUGCAGCACACUCGCUCAUAGUUGAAGCUUUUUAAUAAGGUGUUGCCUCCCAAGCUUGGAUCUUGUGUAAUGUAGUUCUGCUAUUCUGUUCUCGUAUUUAGCUCCAUAUAUAGAAUAGAUUUUGGCCUUUUUUUUUUUUUUUUUUAUUUAGUUUUGAGGUUGCUCUGGAUAAAGACUAGGAGGGUUGCAGUCCUGCAAUUGCCACUCGACUAGUAGCUGACAGAAACUGUGUGCACGUGACACCAGGUGGUACAUUGUGGAGGGUCUGGCCUCAUUUGCCUGCAGCCCUUCUACUCCUUAUCUCAGGGCAAGCCAGGCUUGCGUAACUGCCCAAAAUGCACUGUCUCAGGUUGUUUUCUCACUUGCCAAGUGGUUGAAAAAGAGGAGAUUUUUCUUUUUUUUUUCUUUUCAUUGCACUGUUAAUAAUUAUUUCAGUUUGAUAGAGGAGACCUCUAGACAAGUAAGGCAGCUUUCUGAGAUGAAUCACAUUCCCUUUUUGUCCUGCUGCACUCGCCUACUGCAUGCAGCUAACAGACAGAUUUUUACCAGACCAGUGAGACCAGAAUGCUAAUUAAUAAAAAAAAAAGAUAGAAUAAGAUGACAAAGAUAGAAAAAGAAAGAGAGGAAGCCCUGCUUCUCUAAAGAAGCAAACCCAGCACAAAUGAAACGCUGGGGACUUUGCUAAACAUCUGUUUAGGCUGGUCAGAAAAAGAAGUAGCACGUUGAAAUGAGUAAUACAUUGGUUUUCUCACUCAUUCAAUACACAUGACCACCUACAACCGCGGUUUAACAUAGUCAAGAAGAGACAAAAAGACGCACUUUUUUUUUUAAUGAGAAAAUAAUUCAAAAAAAGUAUUCAAUGGUGAAGGUCUGGAGGAAAAUGAAUAGGUACUAACUAAGUAGUAGAGGGUUUUUCAGUAAAGCAGUGUUGUUUAGGACAUUAAUGCAUUAUUCAGUCUUUCAUAUUAGUAACUUUCUUUUUAAGUUUACAUAUUUGAAACGUAGCUUACACAAAUAUGUGUGUGCACGCUCUCAUCAAGAUCCUGCUGGCAACUAAAUAAACGGCUUCUGACAGUAAUCAACAAACUGCAGAUUAUUAAAGUGAUCUUAUCUUAGUGGCCUUGAUGCAGAAAAGACCUGAUCAUAAUUGUUCAUUAUUUCAGCGUCUGCUCUAACUCGUGCUUUUUUGUUAUGUUCGUCAACACCUGUAUGUUUUUGACCUUUCUGUGUUUAUUCAAAAGGAUGAAAAGGGAAGAAAGAGAAAAGGUCCUUUUUUAAAGCAAAAUCUUUUUGGACAAAACAAAAUUGUGUUUUUUUUUUUUUUUUUUUUUUUCCUAAAGCCAAUGAGGGUCUUCUAUCUUCUAUUUUUUCUGUUUUUGGGCAUUGACACAGGUUGUUUUCUAGCAACCCUUUGAAAUAAGUCUCCUUGACUCCCCUCAUCCUCCUCAGGGUUGGAGGGCGCCGCUGUUGAUCAGUACCUCUCCUCCUGAGAAGCAAUUAGGUUACGUGGGUUAGUUGACAAAACAAUUCCUUGGUGAGUAACUUUGUGUAAUAGCUGUUUGGAUUUUUUUUUUCUUUCUUUAUCAUUCUUAGGGAAACUGAAUCAAGCUAUGCGUUAAAGAAUAAGCUUACAUAUUUGUUUCAGGUUGGUCAGUUCAGUAGUCCAUUUGCUUCGGCCUCAGAGUAGUCCAGUGUCAAAACUAAGCUAAAAUCCUGACCUGAUAAAGAAAGGCAGGAGCUGAAAUGUUCAGAGAUAAAGAACAUCGGUGAUGGGAUCUGAAACAUUUUAGAAACAAAGUGCAAUAUUACUCCCUGAUUUUUCUUCAUUCUCCAUUUCUGUGUUUUUAUUUUGUUCUUUUGUCCGUUAAUCAUGACAAUGUAUAGUUAUUCUAUGAAUAUACUAUGUUUUGAAUGAUUUAACCUUUGUCUAGUUUUUCCUUUUUGAUUUGAAUAAAGAUUUUGUUUAAAUUGCAA